UUCGGUCUAAGAGUCACUCUGACGAUGUCGGUCCCACUGAAUGCCGAAAUCAUCAGUGAGGUGCUGGAAGCUUAUCAAGCUGUUGCUAUUGGCAUCCUUGGCUUCACAAUUCUGGUAUGGGAUCAUGCGAUCACUUUUGCAGAUGAGGUAGAGAUCAUAUGGGGUCGUCCAAAGAAACUCUGUAAAAAAUGACAUUUCCUGCCUGACU